UUGUACUUUUAGCCGUUGCCGUGAACGGACGUGUCUCUCGUACCGCAAUCUGUCGCUGGCCCUUCAUCAAAGGCGCUUGGUGGUGUCUACCUUACAGGCGCGCGUACGUGUGUGUGUGUGUUCCGCCGUGCUUAUCCGUGUCGUGUCCGUCGUGAAAUGCGUGAUUUUCCUAUCGGAACCAGCGGCUAGCACCGUUACGCGCUCCUGGUUGCGCUAUAUUCGCGGUUUGUAAUCGAUAAAAGUGGUGAAAGUGUGCCCAAAGUGCUGGUAAAAAGUGCAAUUUCUCAAAUGUUUCGAUUGCAUCAAUCCCAACGCACGGCCAGCUAUGUUGAUGUGCGAGUGAGACGCUGGUAGUAUUGGUGAGAUCUCCGCUCGCUUUAAAGGCCGUAAGAGCUGUGUAGGGAGCCAGAGAACGGGCGAACGAGAGAGAGAGAAAGAGCGAGAGCGAACACGAACGAACAAGCAAAAGAUCGAGAUCUCGCGGACUUAACAUACUUUCUAAAUAUAAUUGACUCUCGACGUGGGAAUCGAACGGACGGAUUAUUUUUGCGUUCCUGCAGCGGCGCGAGUGAAGUUGGGCUUUUUACCCCUGUGUAAAGUGCGAAGCAAGUAGACAAGGAGAAGGAAAAGAGUGGUGUGUCAAGGUGGAUUCAGAGUACGCGCACUUGGAUACGCGAAUCGCGACGUAACGUCACGCUGUGAAAGUGUUUUACACUUUGGAGGAAAAGUUUCACACAAAGUUCGGGAAAAAAGGGAAAAUUCUUCACUUUUUCUUCGCCACAACACCGUGUGUGUGGGUGAGAGCGCGUACGAACGUGCGAGUGUACAGAGUGUGCACGCACACAGGCGCGUUUGCGUAGAGGAAGAAAAAAAGUGCAUAAAUACGCUACGGCGACGAAAGUAAAGUGCACAGGUGUUGGUAUGUGUGCGUGCCGAAGAGUACUGCACACACUGCCUGCCUGAGGAUGUGUGCGUGCAUUUUUCGCAAAUGUCAAAUAUGACAACAGUGUUUUAGCUUGUUUUCUAUGUCCGCCAUUUUCUACGGUGCGAGUUGAGCAAAAAUUGGCCAUCUCUAGUGUAAGGCUGGCAGUGUAUCGCACAGUGUGUGUACUUGCGAUUAGGGGUGUCGGUGUAUGUGUCGACACUGCGAGCAGUCUAGUGCCUGUGAAUAAGUGGAGGAAACAACUUCAAGCCGACUACUCUACACAUCAAGCAACCUGGAGAUCAAUUCUCCAAAGGAAUAAGCUCUACACUGUAGAAAAAGUGUACAAAAAUAAGAAGAAAUUUGUGUCCCGAGUGCACAUCACAGGAGUCAAGAUCUAGAAAAAUUAUGUGCUUGUGCAUGUGAAGAGUACACGUAGUUGUGUGAGUGUGCGCGUGAGCACAAAUUGUAUCACCGUUCGAAGAAGGGAGCUAAUCUUACCGCACCACCACUACUAAAAGGAGAAACGAGAGCUGAAUAUAGAAGAGCGUGUGUCUGGGUGUGCGUGCUUCUGUAUGAGAUAGUGUAGAAAUUGUUUUUACCUCUCUAGUGAAAAUGUUAAGAAUAACACAACCAUGACGCACCAGAAUCACCAAACUAACGGCGCAAGUUUGGAAGAUUGCCACACAAACUUUUUCGCCUUGACCGAUCUGUGCGGUAUAAAAUGGCGUAAGCUAGCCCAGGGUGAACGGCCGAACGCGUCCAGCAACCCGCUGGACGAUCCGGUCCUCCGGUCCUACUCGAAAUGCCUCGAGGUGGACAUCCUGUGCGUGUGGCGCCGCGUAGCCGCCCCCAAGCCGGCCGAACAGGACCCGAACGUGUUCGAGAUGAGCAUACCGGGGCCGGUGACGGGCGGCUCGGUGAUCCACCCGCCGCUGUCGCUGACGGCCGCCAAGGAGCUGUGGAUCUUCUGGUACGGCGAGGAGCCGGACCUGACCGACCUGGUCGAUCCGGAGCUGCUCAAGUCUGCGGACGGCGAGAAGGGUUCCUGGGAGGCUGGCCUGUCGUACGAGUGCCGGUCGCUGCUGUUUAAGGCGCUGCACAACGUCAUCGAACGAUGUUUACUGUCGCGGGAUGUCGUCCGUCUGGGCAGGUGGUUCGUGCAGCCGAGUUCCAACAGCGAGCGAGUGUUUGGCAAGAGCUCGCUCCACCUUUCGUUCUCGUUUGCGUUCUUCGUGCACGGCGACAGUACGGUGUGCGCCUCGAUGGACAUCCGCGAGCAUCCGCCGGUGCGGCCCCUCAUGCUGAAGCACCUGGAGGAGGCGCAGGCCCACCAGGGAGGCGGCGACAGUCCAAAGCCCCGCUCGGUGAUACUGGCCCCGUUCGGGCUGGCCGGAACGUUGACCGGCCAGAGCCACAAGGCGAGCGAUCCCCAGACGCAGAAGGUGCUGGACGACUGGAGUGCCUUCUAUCCGAUCUCGAACAAGAACAUGCACCUGGCGGCGGAGAGCGUCGGCGGCGGCGGUGAUCUGGUGCCGCCGAUCGUGGAGAUUAUGACCGGCGGCAUCAAGAUGCGCUACCCGUCCAAGUACGUGCUCGUAACGGACAUCGACGACUGGUCGCCGCCCAACUCGAACGGCAGCAGCAACGCCUCUUCCGCCGCAAACUCCAAAUCCGUCUGCCCCGCCGCAGCAUCUUCCCUCACGGUGGCCGUGUCCAACUCGCUGGCCGCCGACCUGGUGUCUUCGACCGGCAGUAGCCCAACCACGACAACCACCGCCAGCACCGGCACCGGCAACAGUAGUAGUAAUAACAAUGGUAGCAAUAGUAACAGCAGCAGCAGUUGUCGGCCGCUGAUGAACCCACCGUUGACGGUGCCGGAGUCGCCCUCGAACGAUCUCGGCAACCAGAGCAGCAUGUCCGCGGCGCAGAUCAACUGCUCGGCGGCCGUCCUGCUGCCGGAACGGGCCUGGCAGGACUGUAUUAUGCGGGCGACCGCCCCGCAGGUUCCCGCUCCGCAGCAGUCGCCCGGCUCGGACGGCGUGGCGAUCAAGUCUGAGCCGAAAGAUCCCUGCGACAACACCACGUCUUCGACGUCGUCGUCCUCGAUGGGGGUGGACGCGAACGCCAACUCCGUGUGGGAGAUUACCGAUCCCACGCAGAAGGUGUCCUGCUCGUGCAUCAAGUGCAACAAAAAGCCAUCGUCCAGCAGUGGACGAACCUCGUCGUCGGGAAAAGGCACCACGGCGUCCGGUUCUUCCCACACCGGCAGUGGUUCCUCUUCCUCUCGGCCAGCCCGGCCGCACCGGAUCCCGUUCCACAAGCGACCUUCCGCCGCGCACCACCACCAGCGGUUCUUCCCGACGGGCAGGUCCGCGGCGCAGCCGUCUUCGUCCACCGCCGUCCAACACCACCACAACCAAUUCUCCUCUCCGUCCUCGUCCACCGGGGCUACCGGCGCGGACAGUCCCGACUAUCUCGAGUCCGCUCAAAGGUCAAACCAAAACUGCGGCGCCGGCGGUAGCACGCCGUACGGGGGACCUCCGUCCUACUGUCGGAAUCCGCUCUCGAUCGGGGACUCGCAUCCGCUGCCCUCGGAGGGCAGCCCGGCGAGUGCGGCCCCGUCGCCGAUGCAGUCGUCCGUGUCCCAGCCGACGUCGGUGCCGUCCGGCGAUCAGCUCAUCACCAUGUCGCCGCACCCGCCCGCCUCGAACAACCCGCGCAGCGUCCAGCCGGGGACGCCCUCGUGCCUGGACCACCUGGACAAGAACACGCCGGCGCCGACGCCGACCGAUCAGCACGACAGUAAAAGUAUUACGGCCUCGCCGUACCACACGCCGUCCCAUCCGGGUGGGGGAGGUGGAAGCGGUGGGGUCAUGAGCGUUGAGACGCCCAACUCGCAGCAGUCUGGGGGUGGACAACAGCAGAACGUGCAGAACGCGUUGCAAACGGCGGCUGGGGGUGGUCAGCAGACGGGGUUGAGCAGUACCAGCAGUAGCAGUAGUGGUGGGACGACCAACAGCAGUCCGGGCAAUCUGCCGAGUCAUGGGGGUGGUGGUGGCGUUGGGAUGGCUGGUAUCAAGUGUGAGGUGAUGCCGGGGACUACGCCGAGUGUGUAUAGUAGUUUGAACCCGAUCGCGAACCAGAGUCCGGUGAAUAAGCGGGAAGCGAUGCUGCAGAUUCUGCAGUCGUUGAAGAGGCCAUCGUUGUCUUCGCGGGAUUACGAGGAGAUCGCCGGGGAGGACUGCAUCCCGAGCACGUCCCAGGCGCUGUACGACUACUCGUCGAUCGACGCGUGGAUGAAUCAUCCGGUGAAGCGGUAUCGACCGAACGAGGAGUCCAAGCUGGCGCAGCAAAUUCGUCACAUGGACCUGUACGCGGACCAGAAGCACUCGGAGAAGUAUCUGGCGACGGUGCAGAGUGUUGCGGAUGGCGUCAAGCAGGAUCCACAGGAUCCGUUGGCACUUCCGGACGAGCGAGACUCGACACCUGGGCCUGGCAGUAUGCUCAACGAGAGUCAGAUCAAGACGGAAGCUGGUUGCGAUCGAAGUGGUGGCGGCCAGGAUGGCGAAGGAGACGACCAGAUGUUGGGAGCGCAUGAGAUUAAGAAGGAGAAGGAAGAUAAAGACGAUCGGUUGUACACCGUGCAAGGGUUGCAACCGAACUUGGACGACCUGGAGAACCUGUUUGAUGACAGCGCGAAUUACCACGACGAUCCGGACAUGAACGCCAACACGAGUCCGGCGUCGAACAAGAGUGGCAACAUGGAGGACAUCAAGAGGUUUACCGGUUGCGGCACCGGUACCGGCCACACCGGCAUUCUCAGUCCAAAAGAACUCUCCCAAAUGUUUCCAACUCCACCGAGUUUAGAACACCAUCCAAACUCAAGCCCAGGAGCCGGAGGCUUCCUCUCGGACGGGAUCGUAAUAGACACCAUGGUGGAAAGUGCAGCUACGGCCAUCCCCAUCCUGGGCAGUCCCCAGGAAGAACCCAUCGACGACUGGUCGUACGUAUUUCUCCCUCCUCCAAUCUGCAAGUACGUCGGAUCGUCCAAGUACGCCCCGCUGCAGCAACUCCCCAGUCAACUAACCCAACCUCAAGUUACGCUCCCGCUCAACUGUGUGUACAAAUCCUCCUCGCAACUCCGCAAGGAAAAACAGGAACGCGAAAAACUCAUCAAACUGCGCGAACUCCAAGAACAGCAAGAAGCUGCUCAACAGCAGCAGCAGCAGCAACAACAACAGCAAGCUCAAGUGGAAAACAUCCCGCCAAACGCCAACACCAACGCCACCAGCAACGUCAUGAUGAAGCAGGAACCCGUCCUGACCGUACCUCAACCCCUGAGCAGCGCUCCAAACUCGCUCAACUUUAACGGAAAUGCCGGCAUCGGCAACCCGUACUCGAAUCCCCCCUCCCAAGGCGUCCUAUCGCGACCCCCCUCAGUCAACUCCCUAAUGAGUCCCUCACCCAUGAACAACGGAGGCGGAGGCGCGAUGAUGAACAACAACAUGUUCCACCCGGGCAUGCUGCGGCAGGGCAUGUCCCCGAUAUCCCCGGCAACGCCCGGCGGAGGAACUCCGGCGAUGCGCGUCCCAACCCCCCAAGGUUCCUGCCCGCUGCCGUACCCAUCCCCUCUCGGAGCCGCAGGCAGCCCCGGCAAUCCGAUGAACUUCCGCCGGACGCCGAUUCUGCCUCCACCGCCGUACGACGUCGCCGUGGCGUCACCCGCUACCUCGACGACCUCUUCCUACCACGCGAAGCAGUUCGGGCCGGACGAUGGGGCCGAGCCGGCGACGCCGUCCGCCCCGGAGGUUGCUUCCAACAAUCCUUCGCUGCAGCAGCGGCUGGUGACGGCCAUCGAGACGAGCGCGCUGCUGGUGAACGUGCUGCUGUACGACACGUCGCUCAACAUCUUCCGCGAUCACAACUUUACCAGUUGUACGCUGUGCGUGUGCAACGCGGGGCCCAAGUGCGUGGGGAACAUCCGGGGAGCGGACUCGGGGCCGUAUUUGGCUCUUCCUGGGACGAGCUUCCUCGGCGGUAGCAGCAAGGGUGGGUCGGCCAAGUCGACGCCCUCGCAGUUCAACGGGGGGAACAACAACAAUGGUGCCUUUGAGAUGAUGAAUUCGCCGGCGGUGGCCAUCAACGGUGGCAAUAGCUUGCAGAACGGUUACCUGGACGAAGAUCCCAUCAAGUGUACGUGCGGUUUCAGUGCGCUGGUCAAUCGCCGGCUGGCGCACCGAGCGGGCUUGUUCUUCGAGGAUGAACUCGAGAUUACCGGAAUGGCCGAAGAUCCGGCGUUGCACAAAAAGGGCUCGUUGUUGGAGUUCCUGCUGGGCAAGGGCGCCGAAGCUUCGGGCGUAAGCUGUGAUAGUUCCCCGCUACCGCUGCGGAUCAUGGAUCUGCUGCGGCAGCACUGUGCGGUCAUUCAGAGUUCGAGCAACUCGAUUCACCGAGCGGUGGCCCGGUUUCGUAGUGCAAUGACGGUCAAGAGUGUGGCAAACGCCACCGUCCACAUGCUGGAGUAUUCGGACGCCAACGAUGUGAUCAGUUUGGCGCUGGAACAAAGCCGGUUGCAAGCGAUCAGCGAGACCAAACCCGAACAGGAAACGGCGCUAGUCAAAACCAGUGGAAAUGUUCACAAGUGGCCGUACCUGCGAGCCGGCGGCCCGAAGAGCAACCAAGACAUUGUCCGGAUAAUGAAGUCCAUGCAACCGUUGCUUCAGGACGCAUUCCACAAAAAGUGCACCACCCGGCUGUGGGACGCCCCGUACACGAUCCAGGGCCCCCUGACCUGGCGACAGUUCCAUCGUCUAGCCGGACGAGGCACAGGCCAGUGCGAACCCCAACCCGUACCAUCCCUCGUCGUCGGCUACGAAAAAGACUGGCUCUCCCUGUCCCCGUACGCCAUCCAGUACUGGGACAAACUCCUCCUCGAACCGUACUCGUACGCGCGGGACAUUGCCUACGUUGUCGUCCUCCCUGACAACGACUUCAUCGUGUCCCGUGUCAAGACCUACUUCAAAGAACUCAGCACCACGUACGAAAUGUGCAAACUGGGCCGGCACAACCCGAUCAAGGGCUGGGACGGCGUGCUCCGCGUCAGCUCGAACCGCGUCCUCAAGGAAACGCAAAACUCCAACGCCGACGAGUGGUUCACCAGCCUCGGCGACAGCCGCCUGUCCGACCUGCUCAAACUGUACGCCCAAACGUGCCAACAGCAGCUUGCACCGUACCUCUCCAAGGUACCCUCAGACAAGAGUCUGCUCGACCCACCCGAAAAUCACAACGUUUCCUCAUCGCAUGCCGCCGCCGCCCUUGCCCUGUCCCAAGCGGCCAGCUCAACGCCCAACCGAGACGGCCAAAGUCCGAUGCCGCCGCCUCCGCCGAGCACGCCCGACCCGUCGCAACCCGGCGACAAGGCGCCCAGCACACCCAAGUCCGACAAUGACGCCGACGGCAGCAUGCUGAACACGUCCUCGUCCAGCAGUCCGGCCGACCGGAUGCAGCACGACGACGACGGCAAGGAGCCGCCCCACAUCGUGCUGUACAUGGUGGAACCGUUCACGUGCGGCACGGACAAGCCCGAAACGGAGCGGUUGGCGUGCCUGUCGCUGCUGCGGUGCUACUCGAACAUUCUGAACCAGGUGCCGGACUCGAUUCGGAGCAAUAUUAGCGUGCAGCUCAUCUCGCUGGAGAGCAUCCUGGAGUUGGGACGCAGCAGAAAUCGGUUGCGGUUGAGCGAUCACAUGCGCUGCCAAGCGUUGAGCAUCUUUUCGCAGAGUCGGCGGUUCAUGGCGCACGCCAACAACGUGAAGAGUUUGACGGGCUUCGGGACGGCGGCGAACGCGGACGCGUUCAUCAAGAACAAGGACGAAAAGAACCGGACGCCGUACAAGCUGUACACGCCACCGUACGUGCUCGCCAAGCUGACGGAGAAGAAGGAGAACACCGAGUCGUUUGGACAGACGAGCAUCAAGCAGCAGUGUUCGAUCAUGUACUGCAGCUACUGCCUGAGCGAGGACCAAAGCUGGCUGCUGGCGGUGGCCACCGACGAUCGGGGGGAGUUCCUGGAGACGGUCACGAUCAACAUCGACAUUCCGAACCGGGUGCGGCGGAAGCGGGCGUCCGCGCGACGAUCCGGACUGCAGAAGCUGAUGGACUUUAUUCUGGGGUUGAUUUCUCAGACGGUGCAACCGUGGCGGAUCGUCAUCGGUCGCGUCGGCCGGAUUGGGCACGGCGAGCUGAAAGGUUGGAGCUGGCUGCUGAGCAAGCAGAACCUGCAGAAGGCGUCCAAACACCUGAAGGAGAUCUGCGAGCAGUGUUCGCUGAUGCACCCGGUGUCGGUGCCGAGCAUUCUGAGCGCUUGCCUGGUCACGCUGGAACCGGACUCGGCGCUACGAGUCAUGCCGGACCAGUUUACGCCGGACGAGCGGUUCAGCCAGCUGUCGAUGCAGUCGCCGCUGACGACGCCCCAGGACGUGACCUGUACCCACAUCCUGGUGUUCCCGACCAGCGCGAGGACUCAGUCCGCCCAAUCGGCAUUCGUGGAGCAGCACAUCAACGACGACGAGUUCGGGCUGGAGCUGGAGGGCAACUUGGAAGGGUUGGGCCUGGACGGCGAGUGCGACGAGGACGGCAUCAACGGGCUGGGGGAUCUGUUUGACAACUGGGACGAUCUGCCGACGCAGCAGCUGAUGCAGAACGACUCCCGGCAGGGCAGUCCGAGCCCGUUCGAGGGACAGCGGCACAGCCCGGGUGACAGCGGGUCCAACUGUGCGCAGAACAUGAACGGGUUUAUGGCGCAGGAAGCGGAAGAUGUCGGCUCCCUCGCCCAGCAACCGAUGGCCAUCGGCUACCUCGUCUCGACGGCCCCGACCGGCCGCAUGCCGCCCUGGUUCUGGGCGUCCUGCCCCCACCUGGAGAACGUCUGUCCGGUGUUUCUGCGGAUCGCGCUCCACCUGAACAGCUUCCAGAUCCUGCAGAACAACGACGACCCGAUGGCGCAGUCCCAGUCGACGACGGAACAUCCGCUCGACUCGAACAUCACCGCCGACGUGCUGCGCUUCGUGCUCGAGGGCUACAACGUGCUGUCGUGGCUCGCGAUGGACUCGAACACGCACGACCGGCUGUCGUGUCUGCCCGUGCACGUCCAGGUGCUGAUGCAGCUGUACCACAUGACGGCGGCGCUGGCCUAAGCAACCAACACACCCCCCCUCGACUGUCUGUGAUAUUAGGUAAAAGGUUAAAGGAAGAGAGAGAGGUCUAGCAGCAGAAAGGCAACACGUGACAACCCCGCUAAAAUUUUAACGCUUUGAAAUUAUGUCCAAAUUUUACGAGUUUCAAUUGCGGCCAAGAUCUGGUUUUACACAAACACACACAAACGCAGUAUAUAAGUUACUAAUUUAUUCUUCUUUGUAGAGAAUGCAAGCCACUGUGAAAGUAUUGAGGUGACACCAAAAAGUUAAAUUUUCCAAGCUUUUUCGCAACAGUAUUUUGGUUUUUCCCCUUUUCCCUAACCCUGAAAAAAAAUAAACCAAUUUAACACACAAACGAGCAGCAAAUUGUGGAGAUUAACAACAAACAACUGAACCUAGGGAACAUUGCAAUCUUUUGUUUUCGUCGUAACUCUGUGUAAAGUUUUGUACAUAAAAUAAGACAAAAAAAACGGUAGAAAAAGUCAAUUUAUACAUGCGAACAGAUGUAUGUGAAAUCACACUCUAGGGAAUUGUGUAAAAGUUUACUUAGUUGGUAGUAAGAUGAGUCCCCUUUCCUCUUUGAAAAGAAACAAGAUAUAAACAAAAAAAAAAACUAUUGCGUGUAGUGCAGAAGCAAACAGAGAUCCAAUCAGUGUUGUUUUGUUAUUUAAAGCAAACCGAGAAUGGUCGUUAGUUAAUACACCUAAACCAGGCACGCAACAAAAAAAAGUGUAAAUAACAGUGUCUCAUCCCUCGGGCAAAUAAAUUCUGAAAGAAUUGCCUCCCCCCUUUUUGUACAUACUUCUUAUGCUAAGUAUAAAGUUUUAGGGGAAACACAAAAUCAAACAUUAAAUAAAAAAAAAUUGAACCCUUUCAAAUCUGAAUCAGACUUCAAAUAAAAAUGUGUGUAAAAAAAAACGUAAGUUAACCCUCGCUCUCCCUCUGACUCACUGCACGGGGGGACGAGACGAGAACAAAAUAUUUAUUUCAAAUUAACUCCGCGCUGCAGCGCGGGGAAAGAAAUAGUGACCAAAUGCAACGCGCUCAUAACAAUUUGUAAAUAAUAUAAACAAAAAAGAAAGUAGUAAUUAAACUAGUAGCACACCGACACACCAUUAUUAGUGAUUAGUUAACCUGCAAUCGAACCAUUAUCAUCAUGCUCACACACACACAGCAAAAAAAAUAACAUGAUUUUACAGAGCAAGCACUAACUAGAAAUAUUAGCAAGAAAUAGUUUUAAAAGAAGCAGCAAAAUUCGUUCCAAGAGGCAUUCUAAAAACAAUGAUUGAAACCCCCCGCCUCGGAAAUAGAUCGAGGCGUGAACAGACAAACGGAAAUCAAAGAUUUUGGUGGGUUGACUAGAAUCAUCAAUUUUAUCGGUAAGAAAAGUAGGCAAAUGAAAUGUAGGUUUGAGCAAAAAAGAAA